AUGCCACCUAUCCUAGCACGGCUCAUAUUCUUGUCGGAUGACCUGCCUGAGAUCCUCCAGGCGCCACCGAUCCAGUGGCGAGCCGUCCUCAGCGACUGCUGCUUUGUCGACCAGCUGGGGUUAACAUACGAGCGUACCAUCAUGCUCGGGCUGGUACGUGACCGAAACGACCGGUGCUAUUGGGAAAUCCACCUUACCCUUACGAGCCGAGACGGCAGCUGGCUUACGAGCUUAUCGCGAGAAGAGACUGCCUCUUUUGUUAGCCUCGAUUCGAUAAUUCGAGUUGCCGGCUGGGUAUACCCAGAACGAGAUUCCCUCAAGAACUCGGUCAUGUUUUACGCAAAGACACCAGGCCUGGAGUCGCACGGACACGGACAGCCGUCAACUUCCCAUCUAGGCGUGGCCCAUGAUGAGGAGGUGCGCCAAUUGGUAGAUGACGGCAUCGAGAACCUCAUUCGGGGGGGAGCUUGUGCAUCCUGCGGUUCUAGCCGUGCCAAGCAGAGCUGA